AUGGAAACAAUUGAACUGAGCCGAGGGCCUGACCUCGAAAGCCUCGACGCUGGAGACAUAGUCAAAGCGGACAGAUUGGUGGAAGAGGAAGCCUUCGAGAUAUACGGCAACCAGCAGAGUGCCGCUGAGUAUGGAUAUGUCGCUCGUGAUCUCAACGCCCGUCAGCUCCAGUUCAUUGCCAUCGGAGGGGCGAUUGGAACCGGGCUGUUUCUGGGUAUCGGUCGUGCCUUGACUCAGGCAGGCCCUCUGUCUUUGUUUUUGGGAUACACGGUCACCGGAAUCGCAGUGUACGGCAUGAUGCAAGGCUUAGGCGAGAUGGCAACGUGGUUGCCGCUUCCAGGCGCCAUUCCUCAAUUUUGUGCUCGUUACGUCGACGAGUCACUCGGCUUUGCUGUGGGUUGGAACGCUUGGUACAAUUCCACGAUCAUCAUGUGCGCCGAAAUAUCUGCAGCAUCAGUGGUCAUACAAUAUUGGCAUGGCGUGGCCAACAUCAACGUUGCGGCGUGGAUAAGCAUCAUCAUCGUUUUGAUAGUUCUCUUGAACAUCUUUGCAGUCACCAUAUUUGGAGAGGCCGAGUUCAUCUUCGCGGUGAUCAAAAUCGUCACCCUGAUAGGCCUGCUUAUCCUCGCUCUCAUCAUCGACGUCGGCGGUGUUCCAGGCCAGCCUCGACUGGGAUUUCACUACUGGAAAUCGCCAGGCGCCAUGAAGACCUACAAGAGCCCUGGGGAUCUCGGUCGAUUUCUCGGUCUGUGGUCUACUCUGACCAAUUCCGCCUUCUCAUACAACGGGGUGGAGAUGAUCGCUGCAACUUCUGGGGAGGCCCAAAACCCUCGUCGGAAUGUUCCAAAGGCGGUGCGCCGGCUCUUCUGGAGGAUUUUGUUCUUCUACGUUCUGGGAUCUCUAGCAAUUGGAGUCCUCGUCCCGUACAACGACACAAAUCUUCUGAGAGCCCAGGCCAGUGGCUCAGCCGGAGCAGCACAGUCACCGUGGGUGAUUGCCAUUGUCAGAGCUCAUAUCUCUGCUCUCCCUUCUAUUGUGAAUGCCGUCAUCCUGACCUCUGCUGCCUCAUCUGGCAACGCAUUGCUUUACAUCGGCAGUCGGUACCUCUUUUCCAUGGCACAGCUUGGUCAAGCGCCACGAUUCUUGCGGAAAUGCACCGAUAGAGGCAUUCCGUAUUGGUGCGUUACAAUAACCGCUGCUUUUUCAGGUCUCACAUAUCUGUCAUGCGGCGACUCGGCAAGUGUGGCAUUCACCUGGUUUCAGAACCUUGCCACUCUGUCAGGUCUGUUGACUUGGUGGUCGGUUCUUCUGGCUCAUCUUCGCUUCCAGUCUGCGUUGAAGGCCCAAGGCAUUGAUCGCAACACUCUUGUGUUCAAAGCUCCUUUUCAACCAUACCUGACCAUCGGCUGCCUUUUUUACUUCAGCCUGGUCAUGUUCUUCAAUGGGUUUUACGUCUUCAUGCCCUGGUCCGCCAAAGACUUUGUAACCUGCUACGUUGGGCUCCCGAUCUUCGUGGGACUGUAUGCCUUUUGGAAGAUUCUAAAGAGGACAAGAAUCGUCAAGCCAGAGACGGCAGAUCUUCACUCCGGCAAACAAGCUCUGGAUGCCAUGGAAGGCACCUGGCCCGAGAGAAAGCCCUCGAAUUUGUGGGAGAGAAUAGUCGAUUGGAUCUGUUAG